AUGGAGGGGUUUCGCAGUCGCGACAUAUCAUCGGUGUACGUGAAGCUGAAGCUGUACUGUUGCUUCAUCCUCGAGUCUACGGCGGAGCACAUUUGCGGUGUAAAGCCGAAUAUGGCGUUUUUCAUUGCACAUGGCGCUGAAGGCAUUCAGGCUCUAAUGGACGUCUGCGAAGUGAUCCGCGGCAUGCAGCUGCCGCUGCUCAUGGACGCCAAGCUGGGAGACAUAGGUUCCACGAUGGAGUACUACAAGAGGUUCAUUUUCGACAUCUUGAAGGCCGAUGGCUGCACUGUCAACACCCUUCUGGGCACCGAUGUGUUGUCCGUGAUGGGUACUGACCGAAAUGGGCAAUAUGUUAACGACCUAUUUGUGUUGGCCAGGUGUUCCAACCCCUCGGCAGAGCAGAUCCAGGGCGGGCUUAUGAGCGACCUAUCUCCGGUAUACAUGGGAAUCAUCAAGAGCUGCGAGACGUUCUACAAGUCUAACGGUGCAAACACUGCGCAUCUCGGCUACGUCGUCGGGGCCACCUGCGUCGACGCCCUCGCUGAGGUGCGCACUGCCUAUCCCAAGUGCACGAUACUCAUGCCCGGUGUCGGCGUGCAGGGCGGCGACCUCGGAACUGCCAUGAAAUUUGCGCUGAACGAUAAGGGUGAGGGCAUCAUUGUGCCCAUUUCGAGGGCGAUAAUAGACAUGCAAAACCCCGGCCAGGCUGCCGCUUACUGGAAGGAGCAGAUUCGCUCUCAUCUCCCGAAGGCGUCGAGUGCCUAG